UAUUUCAUUUCACUUUUUCUUCUUCCUCUGUUUUUCUAUUUUCUUCAAUCAGAAACAAAAAUGGCGGGAAAUUCCAGUUUCUCUCUCCUUCUAAUUUUCUCUCUCUUAUCCAUCUCCUCCAUUGUAUGUUAUGGUCAGCAUAAUUAUAUGGAUGCUCUUAGAAAAAGCAUUCUAUUCUUCGAAGGUCAGCGUUCCGGUAAGCUCCCGCCCGAUCAACGCCUUCGCUGGCGCCGUCAUUCUGCUCUUACUGACGGUCAUACUGUUGGUAGAGACUUAACAGGUGGAUAUUACGACGCUGGAGAUAACAUAAAAUUUGGUUUCCCAAUGGCGUUUAGUGUUACGCUCUUAGCAUGGAGUGUGGUCGAUUUUGGUAAGAACAUGAGGGGUGAGCUCUCUAACGCGCUCAAGGCGGUGCGUUGGGGAACAGACUACCUCCUUAAGGUCACCUCCGAGAUGCCCAACAAAAUGUACGUCCAAGUCGGUGAUCCCUACUCCGAUCACUAUUGUUGGGAACGACCCGAGGACAUGGACACCUUGAGGACAGUCUAUGCAAUUGACCGAAAUCACCCUGGAUCAGAUGUUGCUGGGGAGACAGCCGCAGCAUUGGCAGCUGCGUCCAUAGUGUUUAGGACCCAUGAUCGUGCUUAUUCGCACGCACUUCUUAAUCGGGCCGUUAAAGUGUUUGAGUUUGCAGACAAUUAUCGCGGUGCAUAUAGCUCGAGCUUACAAAGAGCAGUUUGUCCAUUUUAUUGUGACUUUAACGGUUACCAGGAUGAACUGCUAUGGGGAGCUGCAUGGUUGCACAAAGCCACGGGAAGGCGUGAAUAUAGAGAAUACAUAGUGAAGAACGAGUUUAUAUUAAGAGCUGGAGACACUAUUAAUGAAUUUGGAUGGGAUAAUAAGCAUGCUGGGAUUAAUAUUCUCAUUUCCAAGGAAGUGUUGAUGGGAGGAGCGAACGACUUAAGAAAUUUCAAGAACAAUGCUGAUGACUUUAUAUGUUCAGUGAUUCCUGGCGUUUCUAAUUUACAAGUUCAAUAUUCUCCCGGUGGGAUGCUCUUCAAGGAUGGAGGGAGUAACAUGCAGCAUGUAACUUCCCUAUCUUUUCUACUUCUAGCUUACUCUAACUAUCUAAGCCACUCCAAUCACCAAGUGCCAUGUGGCGGAAUUUCAGCUUCCUCUACUCUACUCAAACAAUUGGCCAAACGUCAGGUAGAUUACAUACUAGGGGAUAACCCAUUAAGGAUGUCUUACAUGGUAGGCUAUGGGUCACAUUAUCCUCAAAGGAUACAUCACAGAGGUAGUUCCCUACCAUCAGUCCAUGUUCAUCCAGCCCAUAUUGGUUGUAAAGCAGGCUCUACAUAUUUCCUAAGCCCAAAUCCUAAUCCAAAUAAGCUAGUUGGAGCUGUUGUUGGUGGGCCCAAUGUCACAGAUGCCUUCCCAGAUUCUAGGCCAUACUUUCAGGAAUCUGAACCCACUACAUACAUUAAUGCUCCUCUUGUGGGCCUUCUAGCCUACUUUUCAGCCCAUCCUUGAUUUGAGUUUUGUAGUUUGUAAUUUUCCAAAAAGGAAACUCUAUGAAAGGGAAGAGAAAAAUCACUUAGUACGAGCAAAUUUUAAAGUUAUUCUUGUUAGAGACGUCUUUUGGUGAGAUGAUCUCAAAAUAAGAAGUUUAUAUACUAAUAGCUCGUAUCAUUGGACUAUUUAACCCAUGUAUAAGGUGCGUCUUACGAUGAGACCGUUUCAUACAAGAAUUUGUGAUUUUUAUAGAGGUGAGUCCAUUGCCACCCUUUGUAAUUGUAAUAUGUCUCAAUCUUGCUAGUUUUCAAUGAAAAAAACUAUUAUGUAUCUUUUUAUUAUUUUUGUUUCAUCACAUAUUCUAGUUUUCAAAA